AUGGCUGAGAUCGAGGUGAAGAUGCCGUUACUGGACGCCUUCAUGCUGAUCCCACCAUAUCAGAAAUUCCUGAUGGAUGCGACUCUGGAAAGAACCAAGGAAGUACAAGGGAUGGUUGUUCUGAGUCACGAAUGCAGCGCCAUUAUCCAGAGCAAAUCGAUCCCUAAGAAGUUGGAAGACCCAGGAUCGUUCACGCUUCUAUGCUCGAUCGGUCCACUGGCUUUCAGCAACAGUCUGUGCGAUCUAGGCGCCUCGAUCAGCUUGAUGCCUCUGUCAGUUGCGAAGAAACUGGGAUUCACUAGGUACAAGGCUUGCCAGAUCUCUCUUAUCCUGGCAGACAGAAGCGUUCGGAUUCCCCACGGCAUUCUAGAGGAUCUACCUGUUCGAGUUGGUAGCGUGGAUGUCCCAACGGACUUUGUAGUUCUGGAGAUGGACGAAGAGCCGAAGGACCCUCUCAUCUUGGGGAGACAUUUCUUGGCUACAGCUGGAGCUGUUAUUGACGUGAGGAAAGGCAUGAUCGAUCUGAAUUUGGGAGACGACCUGAGUAUGAGGUUCGAUAUCAAGGACUCGAUGAGACGGCCGACGAUCGAUGGUCAAGUGUUUUACAUCGAGAUGAUGGACAAGCUGGCUGACGAGCUAUUGGACGAGCUAGUUGUCGAAGAUCACCUGCAGACAGCUCUGACUAAGAGGGGUGAAGACGGAUACCUCCACGAAGACACCGGCUGUUAUGAGAAGUUGCUGGACUCUCACAAAGCAGUGAAAGGAGCAGAAGUGUUUGAGGAGAUGGUUGGAUCGAGUGCAGCUAUCAUGGCAAUGGAGACGACAGAUCCAGUUCAUGCUCAACCACAGAGCUCGAUCGAGCCCGCACACUCAAGAGCAGAUGACUGGUCCGAGCUCAAAGCUCCCAAGGUGGACCUCAAACCCUUACCGAAAGGGCUCAGGUAUGCAUUUCUAGGCUCUAACUCGACCUAUCCUGUGAUUGUGAAUGAUUCGCUUAGUGCUGAUGAGCUAGAUUCGCUCUUGAUCGAAUUGAGGAAGUUUAGGAGAGCUAUAGGUUAUUCACUGAUGACAUUAAAGGAAUUUCACCCACUCUGUGCACACAUAGGAUUCACCUUGAAAACGAAUCGAUCUCUAGCAUUGAACCACAGAGGAGAUUGA